ACACGACGCGUACGAAUCCGUGGGAACCCCGCACCGCAUCGCCUCGUAUGCUUCGCGCGUGCACACGCGUCGGUGGCGCGGGCGCCGGCGGCCGACGAGAGCGCCUCAUGGCCUCCCUCAUCCGCUUCCUCUCUUCCUCCCCCUCCUACUCCACCACUCACCUCCCGCGCCAGCACCAGCCCCAGCCGCCGCCAGCCGCAGCCGCAGCGGCGCGCCCAUCACGGUUCCGCCUCCUGUUCGCGCGCGCCGCGGCGCGGCGCGACCCCGAGCCGACGCCGGUGCCGGCGGUCGAGGAGAGGAGGUCGCUGGCCGUCAGGACGGGGGAGCUGUUCCUAGGGCUGGCGGCGCUGCUGCUGCGCGGGGCCGGGGCCGGGGCCGGGGCGGCGGUGGAGGAGGUGGAGGCGAGGGACGGGGUGGUGUGGGAGCAGCGACCCGAGGACGUGGACGCGGAGCGGGCGCGGCGGGAGCUCACUAGCCCCGGCUUCAGCUUCUCCGCGGCGGGGCUGCUCUUCCCCUACCACCUCGGCGCCGCGCAGUGCCUCAUGGACCGCGGAUACAUCACCGAGAAAACUCCGUUAGCUGGCUCAUCAGCGGGUGCCAUAAUCUGUGCAGUGAUCGCAUCUGGGAACACAAUGCAAGAUGCUCUGCAGGUGACCAAAGUUCUAGCUGACAACUGCCGGAGUAAAGGCACUGCGUUUCGCCUUGGGGCUGUACUCAAGGAUGUCCUUGAUGAGUUUCUCCCAGAUGAUCUUCACAUUAGGUGUAAUGGAAGAAUUCGUGUUGCUAUUACUCGGCUAUCCUGGAGGCCUAGGGGCUUGCUGGUGGACCAAUUUGACUCCAAAGAAGAUGUCAUUAAUGCAGUCAUUACAUCCUCCUUCAUUCCUGGGUACUUAGCACCCAGACCAGCUACUUUCUUCCGUAAUAGGCUCUGCAUUGAUGGGGGCCUUACAUUGUUUAUGCCGCCCACUUCUGCUGCAGAAACAGUCCGAAUAUGUGCUUUUCCAGCCAGCCGCUUGGGAUUGCAAGAUAUUGGGAUCAGUCCAGAUUGCAAUCCAGAGAACAGAGCUAGUCCAAGACAGCUGUUUAACUGGGCUCUGGAACCUGCUGAAGAUGAAACUCUAGACAAAUUAUACGAGCUUGGGUACCUGGACGCAGCUGUUUGGGCUGAGCAGAAUUCUGCCGAGCUUAUCACGAAGAAUGGUCAAUCCCUUGUCGCUGAUUGAAUCAAGCUCUGUUUGCUCAAAACUAAUUUUGGUGUCCUAAGCUGAGUUCAUGGGAGUUUGUACAUGUAAUAUAUUGUAAAGAUAACACCCUCACUGUCGAAGGUGGCAUUGUACUGCAUUGGAUUUGAGUGUGUAGAAGGAGCACAUGAAAUGGUGAUGCCAGCAUUUUAGCUGUGACAGUAGUGCAGAACAUGUUGUUCGUAGGGUCUUAAAAGCUGAUCAGCAUAAUCAAAUGUGUAUGAUUAUAGAUGAUGAGGUUUGACCUGAGCUUAAAACAGGUGGAUAAUGUUUGUGCCAGACAUUUAUGGAAACUUUUACAUACUAAA